AUGAACCCCACCAUCCUCAAAACCCUCUACCGCGUUGACAAUCGCCCAGCAUACCCUCUUCAAGUCCUCGCCACCCGAUACCGGACUCAAACCGACAUUGCUGUUCAAUAUGAUCAAGACACGGAGCGCGAUACCGGGUCAGGCUAUACUUUGAUUUUACUCCACGCAACAGGGAUGCAUAAAGAAACUUGGGAAGUUUUUAUCGAGCACCUCUUUGAUUAUAGCCUGCGCAGGGUGUCACGGUCAUCGAACUCGACGCCAGCUCCUUCAAGUCAUGACAUUGACCGUUCUGGUAUCUGGAUUGAGGAUGUUUUCUCGAUAGAGAGCCCAAAUCACGGUGAAUCUGCUAUUGUUAAUGAGCAGGUGUUGAAGACGACCUAUGAAGAUAGAUGGUCUCCCAGUGAAUACGAACGCGCUGUACAUACAUUCUUGACCGAAGGAGCAAACGCAUGUUGGUGCCCCGGCAUUCCUGGGAUCUCCCUCAAGGGAAACCCGGAGACGGAUAUGGUCUCACAGAUGCUCAAUGCUUGGACAUGGCUAAGGCACGAUGUAUGGCCAUCACGCAAAACUGCGAAGAUGUAUUUACAAGCAGACCCGUUGUAUGGUAGAUGGGAACCUCGAGUGCUGGAUCUUUACAUCAAAUAUGGACUUCGGGAACACCGUGCUGCAAAAUACAAACAACCAUUUCAGUUCAAAGGGGUUACAACAGCAUUGACCAAGGAGCAAGAAGCAGCCACAUACAGAAGUGAUGAGCUUGUUGUAGAUGCUCUCGAAGCCUAUUCAGCUGCUACUAGGAAGAUGCCAGUCUAUUUGAUCUGGGGAACAGAAAAUAAUGUUGCUACACCUGAGCUCCAGGAGCUACUUGCAGAUAAAGAAGCUGGGAGAUUUCCUCGAUCAAUAUCGUAUGUUGAGAAUGCUGGUCAUUUGGUGGUACAGCAGCAGCCCGAUUCUUUGGCUGAGCUUGUACUUUCAAUCUUGCACAAGGGUGUUGCUACUCGAAACAAACUCUAA